UUGCGGAUUCGCUUGGCUAGUUUAAAGAGUACAGUGAAUGUAACGCGAGUGUUUCGAGCGAACUGAUAUUGCAUAGACAGAUAUAACGCAAACUACAUAUAUAUAUAAAAGGAUUAUUUAUCUACAAAAAUGGAAGAAAAUUUAAUAAAAAACAUAUCUAUAUGCAAUGGGAAUGCGAUGGUAACUUGUAACAAAUUUCAUAAAACUGACACUAAGUUGCAAAAAGCAUUAAUAUCAAAUAUACUGGUGUUUUAUGUGAAUGGUAAAGAGGUGUCCGAUAAGAAUGUAGAGCCAGAAUGGACACUUUUAUGGUAUCUUCGUAACAAACUUGGAUUGACUGGUACAAAGCUUGGCUGUGCAGAAGGAGGCUGCGGAGCCUGUACAGUCAUGGUCUCUAGAUUUGAUCGCGACUCUAACAAAGUUGUUCACAUGGCCGUGAAUGCAUGCUUGACACCGGUAUGCGCUAUGCACGGUCUAGCUGUAACUACUGUAGAAGGCAUUGGUAGCACGAGAACUAAGUUGCAUCCAGUACAAGAACGUAUAGCCAAAGCACACGGAUCGCAAUGUGGAUUUUGCACACCUGGUAUAGUCAUGUCUAUGUAUGCUUUACUGCGAAGUAUACCGAAACCAACAAUGGAGAAUUUAGAAGUUGCAUUUCAAGGAAACUUGUGCAGAUGUACAGGAUAUAGACCAAUUAUAGAGGGGUUCAAGACUUUUACGGAAGAUUGGGAACAAUCACAAUUAAUGGCUAAUGUUCUAAAAGAAGAUGAGAAAAAUGAUACAAAACUGUGCUCGAUGGGUGACGCUUGCUGCAAGCGAGCUUUUACAUCUGAACCAACUGAGAUUUUUAAUUCUAAAGAAUUCUGUCCGUAUGAUUCUACGCAGGAACCAAUAUUCCCGCCAAAAUUAAAGGUUGAAACAACACUAGAUGAUCAAUAUUUAAUAAUUAAUGGAAAAAACGUCAGCUGGUAUAGACCAACAAAUUUGGAAACUUUGCUUGCCCUCAAAGAAAAGCACCCGAAUGCUAAACUCGUCAUUGGCAAUACGGAGAUUGGAGUCGAAGUGAAGUUCAAACACUUGGUAUAUCCAGUAAUGAUACAACCUACGCGGAUAAAAAAAAUGCGUGAGAUUGUUGAAACGCAACAAACGUUAAAAGUGGGAGCGAGCGUGACUUUGGUCGAACUCGAAGAAACACUAAAACAUUAUAUUGAAACAAAACCUGAAUACAGUACCAGGAUUUUUAUCGAAAUCGUUAAUAUGUUACAUUGGUUUGCUGGAAAACAAAUAAGAAAUGUUGCCUCUGUGGGUGGCAAUAUAAUGACUGGUAGUCCAAUAUCAGAUCUAAAUCCAAUCUUUAUGGCUGCUGGUGUUAAAUUAAAUUUAUGCAGUUUAAAACACGGAAAUAGAACGAUACCAAUGGAUCAUACGUUUUUCGUUGGAUAUCGACGUAAUGUAAUUUUAUCCGAAGAAGUAUUAGUUUCUAUUGACAUACCUUUCACAAAACAGAAUCAAUAUUUUGUUGCUUAUAAGCAAGCAAAAAGAAGAGAUGAUGAUAUUGCAAUAGUCAAUAUGGCUUUAAAUGUAUAUUUUGUUGGCGAUAUAGUUCAAGAGGCGCAUAUCGCAUUUGGUGGAAUGGCUCCUACUACUAUUUUAGCAAAGCAGACAUGUCAGAAAAUGAUUAAAAAAAAAUGGAAUACAUCUAUCUUGGAAGAAGUUUAUAAUGCCUUACUCGAGGAAUUGCCAUUAGCAGACAAUGCACCAGGAGGAAUGAUCAAAUAUCGCAGGUCUCUCACGCUCAGUUUAUUCUUUAAAGGAUUUGUUCACAUCCUUAAAAAGUUAUCGAAAAAUAUUUCGGAUAUAGAAUGUUUGCCGGAGACAUUACAAAGUGCUUCAGAUUGUUUUCAUUAUGAAGUACCACAGAGUUCACAGUACUAUCAAGUGGUACCUAAAGAUCAAGAGUCACAUGAUUUAAUAGGACGUCCCAUUGUCCACUCUAGUGCAUUUAAACAAGCAACAGGAGAAGCAAUAUAUUGCGAUGAUAUACCCAAAUUUAAGGAAGAAUUAUAUUUGGCAUUAGUUAUUUCAACUCGAUCACAUGCAAAGAUUCUGAAAAUCGAUUCUACAAAGGCAUUGUCUAUGGAGGGAGUUGUGUCGUUUUUCUCUUCAAAAGAUAUAACAGAAGAUAAGAGAUGGAUAGGCCCCGUUUUUCACGAUGAAGAAAUAUUUGUAUCGGAAAAGGUUACCAGUCAAGGCCAGGUACUUGGUGCGAUUGUCGCUACUGAUCAAUUAAUCGCUCAAGCCGCAGCGAGAACAGUCGAAAUAGAAUAUGAAGAUAUAAAACCUAUUAUUGUAUCUAUAGAGGAUGCUAUUAAGUAUAAAUCCUUUUAUCCUGGUUUUCCUAAGCGUAUUGUGAAAGGUGAUGCUGACAAAGCUCUUGCGGAAGUAGAUCAUGUUUUAGAAGGCGAAGUACGCAUAGGUGGCCAGGAACACUUUUAUUUGGAAACAAAUGUUACUAUUGCCAUACCUCGUGAAGAUACAUUAGAAGUAUUUUGUUCUACACAGCAUCCCACCGAGAUACAAAAACUUAUCGCUCACGUUUUGAAUAUACACAUCAAUAGAGUUAAUGUUCGCGUGAAACGUAUAGGUGGUGGAUUCGGUGGAAAAGAGUCUCGCACGUUAUUACUGGCGAUACCGGUAGCAUUUGCAGCAUACAAGUUGGGCAAACCAGUACGUUGUAUGUUGGACAGAGACGAAGAUAUGAUGAUAAGUGGGACGCGACAUCCAUUUUUAUUUAAGUAUAAAGUUGGAUUUAACAGUGACGGUCUUAUUAAAGUGGCAAAAGUGAACAUAUACAAUAACGCAGGCUAUUCUCAUGAUUUAUCAGUAGCGGUGUUGGAACGUGCAAUGUUCCAUUUUGAAAAUGCAUAUAGAAUCCCAGUGUCAGAAAUAUAUGGAUACACGUGUAAAACAAACUUACCAUCGAAUACAGCUUUUCGAGGUUUUGGCGGACCGCAAGGAAUGUUUUUAGCUGAAAAUAUCAUUCGACACGUCGCCGAUUAUUUGGAACUAGAUGUCCUCAAGGUGUCCGAAUUAAAUUUGUAUAAAGAAGGUGAUGUAACACAUUACAAUCAAGAACUUGUCAAUUGCACCUUGGAUCGUUGCUGGAACGAAUGUUUAGUAUUUUCUCGUUAUAACGAAAGAAUAAUCGAAGUCGAACGUUAUAACAGAAAAAAUCGAUUUAGAAAGAAAGGUCUUGCAAUUGUGCCUACAAAAUUCGGUAUAGCAUUUACUGUGUUAGUAUUGAAUCAAUCGGGUGCACUGGUGCAUAUUUAUAUUGAUGGUUCGGUACUAAUUAGUCACGGUGGCGUUGAGAUGGGACAAGGUUUACAUACGAAAAUGAUUCAGGUUGCUAGCAGAGUAUUAAAAGUAAAUCCGGACAAGAUACAUAUCGUUGAGACAGCUACCGAUAAAGUCCCAAAUACAUCCGCUACCGCAGCAAGUUCCGGAUCUGAUCUCAAUGGCAUGGCUGUUAUGAAUGCAUGCGAAGAAAUAAUGAAAAGAUUGCAACCGAUAAUAGAUAGCAAUCCGGAAGACACUUGGGAAAAUUGGAUAAAAACGGCAUAUUCAGAAAGGAUAAGUCUGUCCGCCACGGGUUUUUACAAAACUCCCGAUAUCGGAUAUUCUUUUGAAACUAAUACGGGAAAAGCGUUUAAUUACUUUACUUACGGUGUUGCCUGUACGGAAGUUGAAAUUGAUUGUCUUACUGGUGAUCAUAAGGUUUUACGUACGGAUAUUGUUAUGGACUUGGGAGAAAGUUUAAAUCCAGCCAUCGAUAUAGGUCAGAUCGAAGGUGCCUUCAUUCAAGGAUACGGUUUGUUUACAUUGGAGGAAAUGAUUUACUCGCCAACGGGAACUUUAUUUAGUAGAGGACCCGGGACAUACAAGUUACCAGGUUUUACCGACAUACCUCAAGAAUUUAAUGUUUCGCUUUUAAAAGGAGCUUCCAAUCCACGAGCUGUAUACUCUUCCAAGGCUGUUGGGGAACCACCGCUAUUUUUAGCGUCAUCUGUAUUCUUCGCUAUUAAAGAGGCAAUUAGAGCUGCGCGCAAAGAUAUGAAUAUUCAUGGCUAUUUUAGACUUGAUGCUCCCGCAACUGCUGCACGUAUACGUACGGCAUGCGUAGAUAAUAUAACAAUGAAGAUCAGAGAACCUGAUUUACAACAACAAUGGAAUAUGGUACCAUAAUAUAUCAAAUUUUUAAUAUGAUACAGUUAUUUUCUUUUUCAUAAUUUUUCUAUUCAAGUUAUAUUCAAGAAAAUAAUCUAUUUUAUAAUUAAUAUACAUCUUAGUGUCCUCAAUAAAAAUACUCAUUUAAUUCA